AUGUCUGCAAGUUCUGAAUAUGGGAGAGAUUUAAAAAACAAAUUUAAUCUUUCUGUGCACAAAGAAAUUCAGAAAGAAGAACAACCAUUUUCAUGUUCUGAAAGAGACAACAUGUUUAAUGUGUUAUCAAGUUUUGCUCAACAUCAGAGAAAUCCCACAGGAGAGAAGCCGUACUCAUGUUCAGAAUGUGAGAAAACUUUUACUGCGAAAUCACGUCUUCUUAAACAUCUCAGAAUUCACAAAAAAGAGAAGCCAUUUUCAUGUUUAGAAUGUGGGAAAAGUUUUAGUCGGAAAUCACAACUUGUAGAUCAUCAGAGAACUCACACAGGAGAAAAGCCAUUUUCAUGUCAGGAAUGUGGAAAGUUGUUUAAGCGUAAACAUCAUCUAGAACCACAUAUGAGAAGUCACACAGGAGUGAAGCCAUUUUCAUGUUCGGAAUGUGGGAAGUGGUUUAAGAGUAAACAUCAUCUUAAGAUACACCUGAGAACUCAUACUGGGGAGAAGCCAUAUUUAUGUUUAGAAUGUGAAAAAUAUUUUGCUGACAAAGGUUGUCUUGUUAAACAUCUCCAAAUUCACAUUGGGGAGAAGCCAAUUUCAUGUUCUGAAUGUGAAGACUGGAUGAAAGGCUCCCAAGGUCAUCUAAUUGUAACUUAA